UGCAAGAAAUAUGUGCAUUCAUAAAUUUGCUAUCUCUAUAAGGGCCAUUUAUCAGAAACAUAGAUAAUCUGAGCAUAUUUGUUUCAAUUUCUUGUUUUAACUGUAUAGUGGAAAACAGGAGAGGUAGGCCGAUUUUUACAUUCCCAUUUGCUCCACUAGCAGAAAAAUAAAAACAUAGCAUUUACACAACUUUGCAAAAGAGGGAGGAAAUCAGACACAUAGAUUAUGGUAGUCAGAAGAGAGAAAGAUAUAUCCAUCAAACCCUCAGCCUUGUUUUAGGAACUCCCUCAUAGCACUGUUGAGUUUUUUAAUUAGGCCUACUUUUGUCAUUUAAAACCAAUGUAGCCUACGCAAUAUAAUACACAAGUAUAGUGUUAUAUAUGGAUAUUUAACAAAUGAAAAUAUAUUUUAAAAGCUUAGAUAGACGAUGUUGAUAACUGUGAAAAAAAGUGUCCACUAAAUGCGUUUCAUGGCAAAAUUUUAAAAGUUGAACAACUACGCCCUCUAUAGGACGGUUUUGCUAUGUAUGUGUAAAAUGUUAUUGGAUUAUUUCAGACAUGGCGGAAGGACUGCGAAUUCUCCCUUUUAAAAGGCUUUUACUGCUGAUUUUCUUACCGAGAAUAUACGUGUUUGUUUGAAGGUGAAGGCGUUGCAUUAGUCUGCGAUUUAGAAAUUGAUUAUUUUAUUCAUAUUUUGCAGCAGUUUAUUCUUAUAAACGAAUGUAGCAUGUAGGCUAAACGCUGUUGAAACCAACAACAUUUUUUUGUACUAGAUUAAGUACCUUUCUUGCUUUCUUGUCAGUUUAAUGUAUAAGAGGCCAUGAAUACUAAAGAGAUAAUUCAUUAUGCUAUACAAAUAGAAAAGUUGCACAGUGAUGGCAGCUAUGAAGAUAUUGUACCAUUACUGACAGAUCUGAAUAACAUUUCUGUCACAUUAGAGCAGAUUCAGACUACAGAAAUUGUGAAGGUUCUUUAUAAAUUACUUAAGGUCUGUCCAGUUGUAAGUGCUAAAACAAUAGCAAAGAGCUUGCUCUCAAAAUGGAAGAAGUUAUACAAGUUGUCACCUAUGCUGAAAAUUAAUAACAAGGACACAUGGGAAGACAAGGAACUAGAGACACAUAACCUGCCAAAUGUUGAGGUGUCUUUGGAAAUUCCCUCUGUAACCAAUGGAUCUCAGCACUUAAAUGAAAAGGGGAAUGCGAAUCAAGAAUUUACAUGCAACACAGAGCAACAUGAUAUAACAAAGGAUGUAAAACAGGACAAAUGUGAAGACAGUAGUGUGGGCUCAGAUAAGUUGUCUUCUGAAAAGCCUUGUCCAGCAAAUGACGCUGCAGAAUCUGUUCAGCUACAACAUGAGGAAGAAUGCUUCACUCCAGCCAUAACGUCACAUAGAUCCGAUAGAGAGGAAGAUCCUCAAAACACAAAUCAGCCCAGCACUUCCUCUGACUCCACGGCAUUGAGAUCCAAAUGUAUCUUGCUGAUUCUCCAGGCUCUUACCCCAAAUCAGCAAAAAGACUCAGAUCAUAUGGACAAACACAAAGCCCUUGCUCAGGACAUUGAAGCACAUGUUCAUGCUCUUUACGGAAGAAACCAGCUUAAGUACAAGUCCUGCAUCAGGAGCAAGGUGGCCAACCUAAAGAACCCAAAGAACCCUCAUCUACGCCAAGGCCUUAUGUCAGGACAGCUGACUCCCGAGGCAUUUGCCCGGAUGUCUGCAGAGGAAAUGGCAGGGGCAGAACUUCGACAGCUCAGGGAAGGUUACACCACUUUGGGCAUCAGUGAGCAUCAGUUACCAGAGGCGGUGGAAGGGACACCCACCAAUAAAGUUCGCUGCAGGCACUGUGGCAGUUUGGACUGCAGGGUGACACAGAUAUCACGAGGGAUGCUGUUCUUGCCCUCGUGGGUUCGGAGUGGCAGUGCAGAUGAUGAUUUGAUGACUUUUAUGACCUGUGCUAAUUGUGGAGAGCAGUGGUACCACAGCAGCUGGGUUUGCCUUUGAGCAAUGAAUUGAUAACUGUAAUAUGAUGAAUAGCAGUAUUGUUCUGUACUAUUUGACCUUUCUGUGCAGUUAAAUCAAGUAAAGAUUUUUCAGUCAUAUUAACUUUCUUGUGGCUUUCAGUUUGGUGCAAUGAACCCUCAUAAUGCAUUCAUGUCCGUUUUGAAAAGAUUUUUUAGGAGAUAUUAACCAUUAAAAAAAAUUACACCUUUUGUGUGCAUGUCCAUUUUGACCCAGGUUUUACAUAUCAUAUGAUGUUAUGCAGACUUUAUUUAUCUAUGAGUUUCUUUUUUAUCAAAAAUGCUUGGGUCAUUCCAUUUCAAAUCAACCAGAGGUCCUUGUCUAAAAAUUUUUAUUUUGAUCUUUUUUUUUUUUUUUUUCCUCUGGUGAAAGAAAAACAUAAAUGAAGAAGAAAGCCAAAAUAUUAAAUGUCAUGAGUGUAUAUUUACUGAGUAAUCCAAUUGUAGAGGGUGGUCAAAAUGUCAAUUUUCACAUGUCAGUCUGUUGAUUUAGCAAUCUUUGUUGUAUUAUAUGCCAACGGUGACAGUUCAAAAAUUGGAAAAAAGCACUUUUUGCCCAAAGUUUGCAUGCCUGUAACUCAAGAAGUAUUAAAGAUCUCUUAAUAGCCUUUUAGAUCCUGGUUCUGAAUUAACUUUUUUAUGGUAUCGUAAUUAAUUUUAAGGUCCAAUAUGGUUCAUUUUCAGAGAUAUGGGGAUAUCAAUGUGGCUCAUGAGUAAAUUGUACACAUUUUUAGGGGUCAAAAACCAAAUGUGGGUCACUUUGCACACAGCUGAUACUUAUUGUGUUUAAGACGAAUGUCUGAAGAAUAAAUAAAACUGAAACUAGA